UCUCUGAUCGAUUCGUAUGAAAGUUGAGUGAAAAGGAAAGAUUGUAGCUCCGAUUGCCUCCAUUGCUUAUAAUUUGCAGUCAUCUUCUUAGUCUCUUGAUUUGCAAGAGAUAUGGUUCGUACGAAGCUAACAGCGCGCAAAUCUUCGAGAGACAAGGCUCCAAGGAAACAGCUCGGUUCGAAGGGUGCGAGGAAAUCUGCUCUGACUAACGGUAGGGUCAAGAAGCCUCAUCGAUACAGCCCAGGAACAGGUGCCCUUGGGGAAAUUCAGAAGUACCAGAUGAGUCCUGAGAUUGCUCAGGACUUCAAGGUAUCUAUCUCUUUAGGUGUAGAAGAGGGCAGUGACUCCCUUUGUGGGUUUCUAUUUGUUUCAGCAUUUUCUGAUUGCAGGACUUCAAUUUGUUUCUAUUCUUGUUCCUCAGGCACCUCCCGUCAUUCCUCGGGGCCUUCCAGCUUCUGUUCGGGACUCGCGCCACCUUCUGACAAUCCCAUUUUCAUUCCUUCCUGGAAUAUUAGGGUGAACGACUCGGCCCUAGCUUCCCCCAGGGUUGCGACUUGCGAGGGAGUAUAUUCACGGGAUUCGAUUGCCGAGGGAUCGUGCCUACUUUGAUGGUCUGAGCGACGAACUGUUUCUGUCGGGCGUGUACCCAGAUUUUGGUUGCUUUGUCUCAUUGAAGAUCACCUUUUUUCUAAAUGUAUUCUUUCUGUAUUCGAUCGAGGCGUGUAUUCAUUUGGAAAAGUCCUUGGAAGAAAAUCGUAAUGCCCUCGAAAGAGCUAGGUCUUUGGAUGCGAAGCUGACAGAUUGCAGGGAGCUGAGGAGGGAAACGGUGGCGUGCGUUGAUGAUUAAUGCUCAAGAUCUGGCUACGAAGUCUAGGAAGAGGGCGGACAAGGCUGAGAAGAAGCUAAAGAAGGCGGAGGAGAAACUGAGAGCGGUAGAGCGGGAGAAGACAGCCGCUCUCGAUCAGGCGGUGGUACAGUAUAAGGCUUCUUCAGCCUUCAAGGAUGACUUGGUCGCUGCUAGCACGGAAGCCUUCCUGUGGGGGAUCAAGCACUAUCGGGAGUUUUUUCUCGAGCGCGAUCCCCAAUUCAACUUUGAUAACAUGGAGUUGAUCGAGCUCUUACGGGACGAGGAGACGCAAAUCAGUGACGAUGAUGAGCAGCAAAACCAGGACGACCCUGCGGUUGAGCAGUGGAACACUGAGGUCGCGAAGUAGGCGGCGGCCUUCGGUUACCUUUCUUAGGCAUAUAGUACUCUCGAUACUGAUGUCAACGCUUCAAUAUCGACUAAAUUUUUUGGAAA